CGAACAAGAACCCUAUGAUCAUCCCUAGAGACUUGCAGCUUGAGCUUGAAAUUCUGGACCUGAGUGUAGGAGCGCAGGUUUACAUCAUACAAGGGGUUUGUUCAGAUAGAAGCGCACAAAGAUGGAGAUGAUCGAUUUCAUGAGCCAGUUAAAUUGCACAAAGGUACAUUGAAGCUCUGUGUGGAGCAUGCUGAACUCUUUUUCCAUUAUUCCUAGUUUCUUGGUUACAUUGUUGGGGCACCAUAUAAAAUCCUGCAGGUUCGACCAAUGCUGGUCAGUUGCCAUCCCCUACCUCAUCUUCUCAUUUCGUGACAUACAUUGUCCAAAUCAACUUGAACUGAAACAGAUCUUCAUCAUACGGAAUUUCAUAGGUUUGGUCUUUCUUCCUCGAGGUCUACGACACGCUCGACUUGAGUCAGAUUGCAGCAAACGAUGCCGAAAUACAAGAAAUCCCAAAGCCUCCUGCGCGAUAGCUUCAACUUCCCGACUUUCAGCGACCUUCCGGAAAACCCUGCGAAUGGAGUUAACCUCGAAUACUACGAUGGUUGCCUGGACAAAUUCGAACCCAAAAAGCACUGGUGCUUUCUCGGCGAGAUUGUCGAUUCCGUCGGACUCGAACGAGUUACGUUACGCGUAAAGGAUAAGGACGGUCUGAUCGGCACCAUCAGGCUGUACACAGACGACGGCGGAAAAGCGCUUGAUCCGCAGAUCGAAAAAGGACACACAGUUGCUGUACUGUAUGGCGAGCAACACUGCUUCACGGACAUGACCGUCGGCAUACGUGUCGAAGACGCCUCCAACAUCAAAAUCAUACCAUGCUCACUCGAGCAACUCCUGAAGGCCAGCGAUGAUGUGGCUGUACUGCGCGAAGGCCAACCAACACACUGUGGAUCUUGUGGCAAGGCUGACUGCAAGGCACUUGUUGGGGUACAGUGGUUCACGACAAAGACAUGGGGAAAGUGUCGCGAAUGUUUUAGCUUCUGAUGCCUCACCCUGAUAAAUUACUGGCUUUCCGAGUUAUCCUAUAAAUAUCCCAGUCUCAUUUUAUUGUGUCGUACUGCCCCAGUCCAGGAUUGAUCAAUCAUUAAAUUUUUU